AUGGAUCCGCCAUUGUUAUUAGGGUUCGAAGAAGUGGCCAACGUGGUUACGGAAUCGUCUCCGUCUUCAUCAAGCGCACGAAGAUUGGUCCCAUGGUUGAACUGGGACGAGUGGCUCUUCGUCAAACGGGCGCUCUUCUCCCAUUCCUCUCACUCUGUUUCCUCCGCUCUCAAACGAAUAUCCACAUGGCGAAGCCGAGGUUCGAUACCGGUUUUCAUCGAAGUCACUGCUUCCAUCAUUGAAAUUCAACUCCAAGACUCCUAUUUCAGGCAGGAUCAAAUGAAUGAAGCUUCACUUUCGGAAGAGAUGCUUGCUAUGUUAUAUUGCAUGGCAGUCAUGAGGCUUGUGAAUGUUGCUGUUGAGAAGACGCGCAAGAAGGAAGUCACAUCGAUUGCAGUUGCAGCUGAUGCAAUUGGUAUUCCGCGGAUGCUGAUUGAUAUUCGACAUGAGGGAUCACACCGGGAGCUUCCAUCACUUAAGAUUGUUCGUAGUGCUUCUGUCAAGGCACUUGAUUGGUUAAAAUCUUAUUAUUGGGAACCUCAGAGCAAAGCAAUUCCUUUUCAAGGUGAAGGAAUAACAAAAGUGAAGAAAGAAAUUAAGUCUAAGAUUCGUGAAUUAGCUGUCAUCUUGAAAGUCAAUGGGAAUGUCCAGUCACAGCUAAAGGGAAAACGGGUCAAACAUACUGAAUUCCUUUUUGGACGAAAUAAGCUUUUGUCUCUUAUGGUUGGCAAGAGUCAAACAUCACGACCUGGAGGAUCUAAGAAACAGAUUACGAAGAUCUUGAAAUAUGUUCUUCGGUUAUAUUCCUCAUUUUCUUCAGAGAUUGUUUCUGUGUUGUUGGAGUAUCUUUUGAAAGCUUUAAGUUCCUCAGAGUUGGAAGAGAAUGCAGAUGAUGCUUCAAUUGGUCUAACCACAGAGAACGUUUUGGCUGAUUGGAAGCUUAUCUUACUCAAAUUGUGCAAUAAGGAACCAGACUUACUUCUGAAUCUUCUUAAGGAAGUCCUAGGUAUGAUUGAAAGUCAGGAAGAUAUGAAGCGUGAAGAAGAUAACCCAAAUAUGGGAAUUUCACAAUCGAGGACAGAGUUUCGGCUUUCUUCUUUGUUUGCUUGGCUUGUUGGAAUUCUCAGUAAAGUUCCUUCUGCUGCAGCACAUAUGCCAAAAGGAGUUUUGCUUGAACUUCUUCGUAGAUGUCUUCUAAUAUCACAACUUUUCAACAAGCAGCUGGUGGAUUCAGCACUUCAGAUUACAGAACUGAUGGAUGACAGCUCCUUGAUGCAGAAAGUUCAAAAGUUCUCUCACGUCAGUUUGUCCAAUUUAGAGCAGGCAGAUAAUCAAAGCUCUUUAUUAACUUCAAAUAACAUUUUCCAAUAUGAGGAAUCUAUACAUGAAGCAGAUAAAAAGCUAGAGUUAGUUAAACAUCAGAUUUUGAAAAAUAAAAAACCAAUGGCCAUGGAUUGUGACACUAAAAAAUCACAGACAUGGACCUUGGCAAAAUCAUGGAACCCAUGUCCAAUUGGAAUGUUGCCCCGUGCUGUCGGGUCAUCUGGCUGUCUUCCGGUUCUUGACAUUUUCGACAAUGAAAAACAAAAUCAAGUAUCAUCUGGUUGUCUUCCCGUUGUUGACAUUACUGACUAUGAAGAACAGGAUCAAUUAUUGGAAAAGAAAGAGAGUUGGAAAUUGGCCCCACAUGGUGCCAAGAGAGAUGCCACAUUUGACCUUCUGCAACUUGAGAAAUCAACUGUUAAGAAGAUGAGGGGGACCGAAGAAUUUAGUGAAUUAAACAAUGAAUUGCCAUUGCAAGGGGACAAAGGAUAUCUCAUAGUAGGCGGAGUUUGGAGGAAACUUACAGAAGAAGAGCUCCUUGUCAUUGAGUCUUCUGUAAGGAUUUUAGUUUAG